CAUAUGCACUUUUGGUUGUUGGAUUUGUUGGCAGAUCUAGGGUUCUGUUCUUUGUUAAGAUCAGUCUUGCGUCUGUUAUUUGAUCUGAGUUCCUUUGUUAUUGUGAAUUCUGAUCCAUGCCUUAAAAUCACGUGUGCCUGCCAAUUGUUUCAAUGUGUUUGAAGUGUGUACUUUGCACAACAAUUAUUGACACCCAGAUAAAAAAAAGGGACAGAGCCGCAAAAGAUAACUACUAUCAUUGAAUUCGAAAUUCUUCAAUUGAGACUGCAUCAAUGAUCAUUGGCCAUUUUAAUAGAGACAAGUCAAUGGAGGAACUACUGGGAAAUGGGAUUGUGGACCUUACUUGAGGGGUUCCUGCUUCUUGCAAACGCACUAGCAAUACUAAACGAGGACCGCUUUCUCACACCUAGAGGAUGGGGCUUAUCAGAUUUCUCAGCUGGACAGACAAAAUCUUUCAAAGGCCAGCUUAUAGGUCUCAUUUAUGCAACUCAGUACCUAAGAUUUCCUCUUUUACUUCUCAACUCUGUCUUCAUUAUCGUGAAGUUAGUUUCUGGAUGAUGCCUGACAAGGUUCCAGGAGUUAUCAUCAGAUUAUUUCAAUUUGUUCUUAGGUAGGAAAAUUUGACAGUAGUAAUCUACAAAAAAGUUGAUCAAAGUCUAUUAUUGUAGAAAUAUACAUUAAAAGUAUCUUUUUUGAGAUAUUGAUCCAUUGAUGUUAUUUAUUGUCUUCUUAAAAUCAUGUUUGCCAUCGUGACAUAGGUGAUGUCUAGGGUGAGAGACCAGGAUAGGUCUCCCUCCGACUGUGAGAAAGUAGUAGAUUUUUACCGUUGGAUCUAUUUAUUUUUUAAAUGGAUGGUUUAGACUUUUUUCCUUUUUCUUUUUUUUUUUUACUCAUUUCUUUGUCUUUCCUAGUUUACUCCUUUGUUUGCCACACACAAUUCACCCUAAUCAGACCGUGACUUCUCACUCCAAAACCCCCCAUUCUCCCCAACCUCAACACUCGCCGGCGCCGCAGCCUCCUCCUGAAACCGACCACCGCCGCGACGUGUCCAUCUCCCCUCUCUCUGACCUCCUUGAAACCAACGUUGAGAGGAAAAGACCGAGAGAGAACGUGGACAGGGGUAGAUAGGGAAAUACAAAGAAAAAAAGACUCAACCGUUGAUUUAAAAAACUAAUAGAUCCAAUGGUAAAUUUUUAGUUUCCCACUGUGGGAGACCUAUGUAACUCUCACAUUAGCCUUCCCCUCGAGACAUAACUAGUCAGAAAAUUAUAUGAUUCAUUUUUUUAAGAAUUAAUUA